AUGGAGGAUCGCCUGGUUUAUAGUUUGUGGGGUUCAGAGGAUUGUCAAUGGUCUGUGGUGAAUUCUGUUGGACAAACUAGAGGUAUCUUAAUCAUAUGGAAGAAGGAUUUCAUCUGCCUGUUAUAUAGUUUCAGGGGUAAAGGUUUUAUGGGGAUUAAUGCACUAUGGAAAGGUAAUAAUUGUUACUUCAUCAAUGUCUAUUUAUCUUGUUUUCUAGUAGAUAAACGGGUAAUAUGGUCAAAAAUAUUGGAUUGGAAAGCUAAAUUAAUCCUUGGUGAGUUGCUGAUGGGAGGUGAUUUUAAUUCUACUAAAUCUGGGGAGGAAAGGAGGGGUAAGGGUUUGAGCAGCUUAACUGAGAUGGAUGAAUUUAUGACUUUCAUUGAGCUGAUGGAACUAGUUGAUCCACCAGUAGUCCGAAACAAAUUUACUUGGAUCAAUUCGAACGCUAGAGCCAAGAGUCGUUUGGAUAAAUUUCUAUUAUUUGAGGGGUUAAUCAAUAGCUGGAAGAUUGUGGCUCAACAAGUUGGGGAUAAGGAUAUAUUAGAUCAUAAGCCGGUGUGGAUUAAGGAAAGCAAUGCAAACUGGGGUCCUAAGCCUUUCAAAGUAUUCAAGAAUUGGUAUGACCACCCUGGAUUUCUUGAUUUUGUUAAGAAAGAAUGGAAUUCCUUCCAUAUUAAAGGUAAUGCUUCCUAUGUGGUAAAAAAAUUCAAACUAUUAAGGGAUAAACUUCAUUGGUGGAACAAAAUGAUUUUUGGCUAG